UUUUCUAUAACUAUGUCUCCGAUAAAACUGUAUCAUUUUCCUGUUAGUGGUCCAUCAAGAGGAGCUUUGUUUGCUGCUAGAUUCAUCGGAGUCCCAGUAGAAGUGGAAUUAAUUGAUUUAUUUAAAAAAGAACAACUUAAAGACAGUUUUGUGCAAAUAAAUCCACAACACACAGUGCCUACACUUGACGAUGAUGGUUUUAUACUAUGGGAAAGUCGUGCCAUUGCUUGCUAUUUAGCCGAUAAAUAUGGAAAAGAUGACCUACUUUACCCUAAGGACUUAAAGCGCCGUGCUUUGAUAAAUCAGAGAUUAUACUUCGAUAGUUCCUUCUUGUAUGUGAAAAUAAGAGCCAUUUGUCAUCCCAUAUUAUAUCUAGGUGAAACUGAAAUAAGGAAACCCUUAAAAGAUGAUCUCAAUGCGACUCUAAAAUUCCUUAAUGGCUUCUUGAAUGACAGUAAAUGGGUGGCAGGAGAUCACCCAACCAUUGCAGAUACUUCUAUAUAUGCUUCAGUAUCCAGUAUUCUUGCUGUAGGAUGGGAAAUCUCCGAAUUCCCUAAUAUACAGCGAUGGAUAAAAGACUGUGCUACAUUGCCUGGUGCUGCAGAAAAUGAUGAAGGUGCCAGAAUAUAUGGAGAAGCUGUGAAGCAGAAACUUAAGCAGUAAAACUUUUUUACAAAAUAUAAUAUUUGUAUAUAAUGUUAAACCUUACAAUAUACUCUUUAAUAAAAGUUA